ACUCCAUGCUUGACCACAAUAUAUCGCAUGACCUUAUGACAUGCAAAUUUGUAGUGUUGGUUGAGACAAGAGGGGAAAUGAUAAACAAGGGGGAGUCCAGCAGUAAUACGAAUUCUGUAUAAUAUUACGCAAUAUAUUGCAAUGUAAUAUAUAAAAGAAUCUUCAUAAAGAAAUUACGUGAUAAAGAAUAUACUGGAGGAAACUGAAAAGGACGCAGGAGAAUUGUCAGGAUGAUUGAGCAUAAUUUUCCGUCCUUGAAAAAUGAUCGUAUACUCAAAGCGGCACGCGGGGAACCCGUUGACAGAGUGCCGGUUUGGGUCAUGAGACAGGCCGGGAGAUAUCUUCCGGAGUUUCAGGAAGUUAGAGCCCAGCACGAUUUCUUCACCGUCUGUCAAACCCCGGAAUUGGCAUGCCAGGUGACCCUGCAGCCGAUAGAACGUUUCGAUCUGGACGCCAGUAUAAUAUUCUCGGACAUUCUAGUGAUCCCUCAGGCCAUGGGCUUGAAGGUCGAGAUGGCAGCGGGGAUAGGUCCGGUCUUGCCUCAACCCUUAGCCAAUCCCAAUGAUUUAGCAAGACUCGUACGACCAAAUGUAGAAGAGGCUCUAAAAUAUGUUGGGGACGCUAUAACAUUGACUCGGCAUAAAUUAAAUGGAAGAGUGCCAUUGAUAGGUUUCACCGGAGCACCUUGGACACUGAUGGGUUAUAUGAUUCAAGGAGGAGGUAGUUCCACAAUGGCAAAAGCAAGGUCUUGGUUGUACAAGUAUCCAGAGGACUCUCACAAAUUAUUGCAGAUAAUUACAGAUGUUAUUGUGGAUUAUUUAGUGAUGCAAGUGAAGGCUGGUGCUCAGUUACUUCAAGUAUUUGAAAGCAAUGGUGACUAUUUCGAUGAUGCAUUGUUUACAACUUAUUCUUUUAAAUAUCUCAAACAAAUAAGCGAACGUGUACGAAAGCAAUUGAAAGAAGCAAAUAUUCCGGAAGUGCCUAUGAUUGCUUUCCCAAAAGGUGCAACCAUGAAUUCUUUAAAAAUUCUCGCUAAGGAUCAAAGUUACGAAGUUAUUGGUCUUGAUUGGACUGUAGAUCCUAUUGAAGCCAGAAAACAGCUUGGGCCUAAUGUCACAUUGCAAGGUAACAUGGAUCCUUGUGCAAUGUAUUCUUCCCAGGAUGAAAUUAUUGAUCGUGCACACAAAAUGGUAUCAAAUUUUGGUAAAACUCGAUAUAUUGCCAAUUUAGGUCAUGGUAUUUUACCGGAUACUCCCAUUCUAUCCAUGGAAGCUUUCAUUAAAGGUGUACAUUCUGCAUAA